AUGUGAAUGUGUAGCAGUAGGAGCUACGAGCGAGGUUACACAGGCAGUAUGGCGGAUGAUGGCAGUUUGUCUGAUUUAGAGGAGCUUGAGAAACAAUUACAGAGUUUGUUGGGUCGUUACUCAAGUGAUGAAUUGCGAGCUGAUAGUAAACCAUUCUGCACAGACUUUUGUCAGUUGGUGGAACAGUACACCUCUCACUGGCAUGUGCCGCUGCCUCAGCUCAGGAUCCUGGAGAUAGCGCUCUGUUACUUCACUCAAGCAUCGUCUUCUUUUACGUUCAACUGUGAUCAUGCGCUCCACACACUCAGCAGCCUGGCCUUGAGUGUGUUUGAGUUACUGCUGUUUUUUCAGCAGAAGGACUUGAACCAGGACCUGUUAAAGCAAUUCAUUGCUACAUUUCAGGAAUGUUAUUUGACCCUUGAAAGGCAUCGGAAUGUUCACUUACUUCAAGUGGAGCAUUUAGUUAAAGAUGGGGGACCUUGGGCCAAUUCCACCUUACAGGCUGUCCUCACCGAGUCCAGUUUACCUCAGGAUGAAGUGGACAGGUACAUUGACUCAGAGCUGCCAGUGUUCUUUGAGUUGCGGGUACGCUACCUUUUAGCCUGUGAACGUUUGGAUGAAGCUGUGGCCCUGGCUAAGUGUUGCGCUUAUCAUCCCAGAGCAGGGCAACACUUGUUCUUCCUCCAGGUGUACCUAACAUGGCUUUACAAAACUGCACAGCAUGACCGUCUUCACAAAGAGGUGGUUGACAUUAACGGCGAAGAUGCUGUGCACAUCAUAUGUAGUUUGGAGUUUGAGGAAAGCAGUGAGUUUCUUCUUGGCCUUAGUAGAGUUUUCCUUUCCCACCAACUCAGCACAGGAGAUAUGAACCAUUUAUGGGAUCUUGUUUUCAUAUGGACUAAGCUUCACAGCCGGUUGAAUACAUCUAAACAAGCUUUAUUGGAAGAAAGUCAUCAGCUGAUGUUAUCUGCGGCCAGUAUUAAUUCAGUAUUCCCAUUCAUCAGAGCCAUACUGCAAGAGCUGGGUGAAGAUGGGAUCCAGUUUUGUGUGGAGCUUUGUGCUAAUGCUCUGGAGUCUUGCCUUCCCUGUGAUGUCAUCACCAAAUCCCUAAUCUACAAAACCAUUGCCAGCCUUCUGCCAAAUGACUUGGAGGUUUGCCGGGCAUGUGCUCUUCUCGUCUUCUUUUUGGAACGCACUGUUGAGACCUACAAGAUGGUCUACCUUCUCUACAUGCAUCCUGAUCAGGAGUACCAUGCAGAGCACAGCCCCAUUGGCAAUCACGUUCGCUUUGAAACCUUGCAGGUGCUAAAGAAGGACUUGUAUUUUGACCCAGAGUUCUGGAACCUCAUUGCUUUGCGGACCAACUGUUUGAAGCUGAUGAAUGAGAAAGUGGUUAGUGCUGCCUUAGAAGAAAUUAUGGAGGAAAAAUGGGUCCCGAACUAUUGCACCAAAGAACCCACUUGCCUUUCAAGUAUUUCAGUAUGUCAGAAAAGAGCUAAAAUGGAAUCUCCAGAAGCUGCAAAGAAGAGACACCACAAAGACGAUGGAGCUGACCUGGCACCCAAAAGACUCAAGGUUAGCCAGGGCAAAACACAUCAAACUGUUGAACAAACAGAAAAGAGGAAAGGCUUUCAAGGUUCACGGCCUGAAUCACUGAGGCGUUCCUUUUGGCAACUUGGCAAAAUACGGGACAGUUUAUCUUGGCAGUAUGGGAAUGGAGAACAACGACGCACUACCCGGCUCUCUGAAAAGACACGACCAAAACGCAAGAUCAGAAGACCCAAGUGGCUUCUGGAAGAUUCUGGAAACCUUGAAGAAAACGAUGCUCACUCAAAAGUCAGAAGGGGGGAGAUGAAAUCUUAUUGUAGUCAAAAGCCACUUCGAUCCUGUGCCACAAAGAAGUCUGAAUCUGUUCAACUCAACAACAAUGCAAAACACAAAACGUCAUAUCUGAAGUCUAAGGAGAAUGACGAAGAGCAAAACGACAGUUCUGUAGACUGUUUUAAUCCAGUUUCACCUUCUGAAGUAGUUCUUGAGCUUUCCUUGCCAGACAAUGAAGUGGUGGGUACGUUUACUGAUGAUGUUUGCAGCAGGCAGGCGGGGUGUCCUCAGAUACUUCUGUACAAACCUACAGUCAAACUUUCUCCCGCAUCACAGCCUGUGAAGGUUGUACAUCGUAAUGAAGUAAUUCUUAGAGCGCGGGAUCCAACCAUGUUUGUUCAUCAGUUACACUGUUAUGCUCGGCGGCAGAAAGGUGUUGGUUCAAACAUUCAAGUUUCCGUGUCCACAAUCACACGAUCCUCUGUCCAGGGAAGUCCACCCAAGACUGAGGUGAAAGGUAUGACUCCACAAAAACUAGCACCAACUAAAAAGGCAGAAAUUCAGCAUUCAGACAUGGUCCCUCAAACAGCAGAAAGUAUCUCAGAAAGAGUAGCGCUCUACGAAAAAGCCCAUCAAGCUGAAUCUGCGGUGGAGUUUUCACAGUUCAUCGCUUCAUCAAAAGAUCUCUUUGAAAUACCUGAUGUUGAGGUGAAAGUCAGCAUUGCAUCCCAAUCCUCAUUGUUGGAGGGUUCAGGGACACAGUCAGAAACUUCAAAGGGCAACAUUAUUCACAUGGGAGUGUCUCAAGUUUCCAGUAUGUACCAUGUUUCACAAGAUAACAUUCAUAGUGAUGGGAAGUCUCCAAAUGGAGACAUUGAGCAACAGCAACUCGAUUCACCGUUCUCUGUGUCUAAAAGUGCCGCAAAUCUUGUCAUCCAGAGAAUGGCAGGACCUCAAGAAGAGUCACUUGUUCCAUUGUCUUCCAAAGUAAUGAAUGUUUUAGAGAAGACUGUCAGCACACCUUGUGAUAUCACCACAGCCAGAGAGGUUUUAUCUGAAGAAUCAAAAGGACACGUGUCUUCUAAAAAUGAAGUCAAAAGUCAUUCAGGAAGCACAGUAUCUCUUGCAGAUGUUCAGCAAGAAAAAGUGUCUGGAGAGGACACGGUCUCCCAGUGUGACGCAUCAGCAACUGAUGCACCUGGAGGUUCAGAUGGUAUAGAUGAUAUAUCAGCUCUGACUUUGGUAACAGAGAUGGUUACCGAAAUUGUACCAGGCAUUCUUGGUGAAGAGCUGAACAACCAUAAGGAGCUGGCUGCAAAGGACAUUGUCUCUGAGAACAUAGAAACGGUUAUUCAAAGAAAAGUUAAGUUACCUCACAGGAAACUGACUACCUCUAGCUGCUCUUUAUCAGAACAUGGGGAAGGUGCAGGUGUUAUUAGAAGUCAGGUAGAUGAGAAAACUAAUGAUAUUUCUGUAGACACACCCGAGAGCAGCAGCUCUAUGGAAAGCACACAGGAAUCAGAGGAAUCAAAGCUGGAGUACUGCUGCAUCUUCUGUAAAAAGAGUUUUAAGGGUAGACGUGUAGUAGCACAUGCAAUGUUCCAUUACCGUAAGGAUGAGUGCAUGUUCUGUGGGACGAUGUUCAAGGAUGAUCUCCUUGCUAUGAUGCACCUAUCUGAUCACAUAGAGAAGCUAAAGAAGAGCAAAGAUUCAGUGGGAAACAAGAUCCAAGAAAAUCCAGUCUUGCAGACUAAACACAAAGUAUCUGAGUCCAAAACAUCUGCACCUAAAAUAUCUAUAGCCAAGACCUCUGUCAACGUGAACACAAACCAGUCUUCAUUUCAUUGUGGUAGAGGGAGACCGAGAAAAAUUAUUUCUCCCACAUCUCAGAGUAUUCCAGUUCAAAGCCCACAUAAAUCCAGAGAAUUGAGAUCUAAUAAGAAGCUGGUAGGCAGACAGUUUUUAGAGCAGAAGAGACAAAAAAUGUUAAAGAGGUUUACCAGGAAAUCUCAGUUGCACAAACUAAAUGGGCAUAUUGGCAAAAACAAAACUAAGCCUGAGACAGUAACACAGACGUCAGAUGUCCAUCGGAAAGUCUCUCACAAGCAAAGAAAAAGCGUUGGAGUUGUAAAUCCGAUAAUGCUUAAUGGUGCUGACAUACAAAGAAACUCUUCAACACCAGUUCAGGAAAAGAACCGUCUGAGCUUUUCCACUAAAAAGAAAUGGCAAGACACAUUGUGUCUUCGAGACCUGAAAGGAGCCACAAAACAAACUGGUAAAGCUGAAGAGAAUAAUACAGAGACACGGGAGACACUUUGCUGUCCUAUGGAUGGCUGCACUUGGUAUACGUUGCAAUCACGAAGCCGUGUUUCAUUCCUAUACCACGCUCUAGAAGAUCACUAUGGUGAUGCCAGAACUCUGGAAUUGGCCUUCAGUGUAGCAAACAAUAAAUGUGGUAUCUGCAUGCGGGUUUUGUGGAGUUUCCAACAUUUCCAGCACCAUGUUGAAAGACACAGACUCUUUCCUCGGCAUCCCUGCCUUCAUCAGGGGUGUACUGCUAGGUUCAAAACUGGAAAUGAAAUGAGACGUCAUGCCAGAAAGCACUGUCCACUGCAGGCAGUGUGCUGCCUUCCUGGUUGUCCAAAACUAUUUAUAUGUCUCUGGGCACUGAAUCUUCAUGAGAAAGAGCACUAUGCUUCCAAGCGCACUAAAACGGUAAACAAAUCACAUUUUCAGAACGGAGACAGAUUUCAAAGCACACAGUCUGUGAAGAAACACGAUUUAAAAACAAACAAUGCUGCUGCUAUCACGACAGUAGAUAAGACUCUGGGUGUAAAAACUGCUCUAAGAAGUCAGACUAUGAAUGACUCCAAAGGGAAUCCAUUUGAUGCUCUUCCCCUCAGCACUCUCAAAAAACCAAAACUGAAACAACAGCUGAAAGCAAGAAGUGAAAGAGAGGAUUCAUGUGUAAUAAAAAAUCAGUCAAACAAGGGCACUUCUGCACGUCAAACUCCUCGCAUUCUUAGAUUAAGGCUGAAAUUAAGAAAAAGGGGAGAAAUGAGGACAAAUCUGACCGUUUCCCAAACUCAGAAAUUCUUCACAAUGACUCUGUUGAAACCCCGCCGCAAAUUAAGGCACACAUUACAGAAAAAGCAGGUUCCAGUAAAUACAGAUGGGCCGAGAAAAAGAGGCCGUCCUCGUGGAUCAACAAAAUUAAAGAAGGCUAUGCUUGAUGGAAAUGCCACCAAAAGUAUAAAUGAGAGCAUCGACGAACGGAAGACUCGGAACAGCCAGGACCAGCUUCCCACAAGCUCUCCUCAAAUGGGAAAGACAUUAAAACUGAAAGUAGAAAGGAGUCAGUGGGUGAAGGAAGUAAUUAAAACUGCUGCCAGUGUUAAGACAGUAACUGAGAAGUCACCGUGCAAAUCUGUGAGCAAGCAGAUUAAGAAGAGUCACAUUCAACAGAGGAAGCCUACACGUGUCGCCCCCUCAGACAAAACCCAAACAUUAAAUGCAGAUAGGAAACAAGCAUUGCAUAUGAAGCAGCGCAUUACAAGAAGCAGAGCAGACACAAACCGUGUCAACAAGUCCUCAGCCUCAAAAAGACCUGCCAAGUCAGACUCUGAAGGCCAGCAAGUGGAGACAAAAGCGGUUGUUGUGGCGAGCUGUGAUACUGAAAAGUUAAAGGAGAAAAACGGUCCUGGUUCCUCUAAGAAAGCUCCACCCACUACCUCCAAAGAAACACAGAAGAACUUCACAAGAGUGAAGUUGAAGUCUCAUGUCAUGAAAAAAUGUCCUGAUAAAAUUAAAGAUGUGCAGGGUGUUUCUUCAAACUCUGACGAGCCAAAUGAGAAGCACAAAGACGUUCAUAAAAAGAUAGUCGAGGAAAAGGGCUCACGUCAGAUCAGAACGGCGGAGAACGAUGCUGAUCCAGGGAUAGCACAGCAAGAAACAUCAGAGUCAACAUCCAAGAGCUCCUGUGAGACCGUGUCUGCUCCCACUGUUAGCACCCUAAGUGACGUGAUGCCCCCUGCUGCCUGUGUGGAGAAAGUGCAGAAAGUAGCUACUGUAAAAUCAAAGCAUUCUCAAGUUGGCAAAAAACUCUCGAAAGAAAAGAUUCCCCAAACCACUCCAAAGUCCAGGAAUACAAAUAAGAAGCACAAAGAAUUUGAUAAAACAAGUAACACAAAGUCUGUCAAGAAAAACUGUCCUACUUCAGAAAAGCCAGUCAAGUCAAAAACUGAAGUCCAUCAAGUCACUGAAGCCAAAGCAGCAGCAAACAACAGUGUAGUUGAGGACAGAAAAGCUGUACAGGAAGCACCGGUUGUCACUGUUAACAGCUCUGGUUCCUCAGUAACGGCGAGUAGCACAAAAGGAGACGCAAACCUUGCCCCAUCAUGCAAAGACAAACUGUCCGAGUACAGAAAGACGCCGUACAGGCGAGUCCCACCCACAGCAUACCUUGAUGAGAAAUACAUCAGCAUGCCCAAACGAAGGAAAGAGAUGACAAUGUUUCCCGAGUCCUCUCGAGGAUGUGCCACCGCGCUGCCACAGAGACACCGGUGUGCCAACUGCUUUGCUUGUUUCAACAGUACAACCGAGCUGCAGAGUCAUCUCCAGCUCCAGAGCUGCUCCAGCCUGUUUGGCUUUGACUCUGAUGACGAUGCCAACAGUUGAGUCCAUACACAUUCACAGUGUAUUUUGGAUGUCUGUGGUCCUGCACAGAACUCUGAUCCUUCAGCAGAUUUGUUUGCGUUUGGGCAAAGACGUGCACGUUGUGGACCACGUGCUACCAGAUGAAGCUGGAAACUGUGAAGACUCUACCUGCUCUCAUGUGCCUGUAAUUCAGAGCCGUGCAACGGCCACACAACACAAUACCACCAAUCAGAAGAAGGCUAGAGAGCUGAAUCCCAGUCAGACUGUUGGAAGAACUGCAAGAACUGAAGUGCCUGCUCUGGAACCAGUUACUGGAACUGGUUAAGGAGGAUUAAGCUUUGUGAAAGAGAGACUGGACUUUUGCAAGCUGUGAAAAACAAACGCCAGACUGCUGUGGUCAGAUUCACCUUUUACACAUCAGUGAGCCAUAAGAUUACAGUGUUUGCUUUUUGCACAGUUCUUAUAGGAAGAACUUUCCUCACUUGUUCACAUCUUUUGUUCUUAAACUCCGACCUGACGGUGAAGUAAUGGACAUGGAAGCAUGGGGUUUUUCAUUAUGUUUUGUUUAUAUGCCAAGGUAACAUAUUUUAGUUAAGACUCAGGUCGGGUGACCGCUACACCGGUUUCUCUUUGAGAAGUUUGUAUGUAAAUUAGUUAUUAAAAUAAUAAUAUUCCUAAUGUAAAGAUUCCUGUUUUAUUCUGCACUGCUCUUUUUUUUUAACCCUUUGUCCUCGCUGUGAUUGACCAGCAGAGGGCCCACUUGCUAAAUAUUGUGUUCUACAGGCGGGAGUCACGUAUUCAGAACUGAACACAUUCAGUGUAUAUUAAUAUUCAUAAAACACUUUUAUCAGUAUCUGCUUGAACCAAUACCAUAUACAAAGCAUACCAGUGUAUGAUUGUUUUUCUGGAUGUAUUAAUCAGGUUUUAUCUUGUCCAUGUACACAAAGCUACAGAAUUCUCAGAGAAAUUAGAUCUUUUAGGGUUUCUUCAGGGGAGCAGAGGUGGAUUUGAGCUACUACCCUCAACGGUGACGGCUGGAUUCCCUGGCUUUUAAUGAGCAGCAGCAGGUUAUAUUUAUUUUGUUUAAUUUCUACCUUGUGUAAAUAUUGAAAGAAUUUGACUGGUUAUUAUAUAAUAUGGGUGUUGAAGGCUGGGUUUAUAUUUUGUUGUUGAAGUAUAAAAUAAAACAUAUUUCCAAUCAAUU